GAUCUUUACAGAACUAAAUAAUUUUUUAUGUAUAUACAUUUUACAGGUGAACAGCAUCAUGUUCCCUGUGAAACUUCCCCUCUUCGUUUUGGUGUUCUUUCCCAAGUGUGCCUUUGAGCAAUGCAUAAAAGGGACGCCCAAAGAGUGCCAGGAGGCAGAGUUCGCUCCCGGUUCCAAUUUGGCCGGAGAAGGCUUCGACAUCACUAAAAUGGAGCGUAAGGGUUUUUUUGUGCUCGACAUGAAUCAGUGGAAGCACAGUGAUCAAGCUUGCACACUGUGUGACAACCCUUACUUUGAGAACAGAAAGCAGAAGUUGCCUCUUUCUGUGGAGGAUUGGAGGGCGAAGCAUUUCUGCAGCGCAAAAGUGUCCAGCAAAGUUUACAAAUCCAGCGAGUCUCUGGUCGAGUCCACGACCUCUUCUAUUGAAAACAACUGGAAGGUGGGUCUAAGUGUGAACAUGAUAGACAAAAGUGGGUCUUUCAUGUUGGUUGGAACCGAUUCCAAACUCGCUGUAAACUCCAUGGAAAAAACAAAAUCUGAUAAAUUCAGCUUUACAACCCAAAGUGUGUCUUGCGAGUACUACAGUUACCGAGUAUCCAAAGCUCCAACUGUGAAAAAAGAAUUUCUCGACUCAGUGAACCAGCUUCCUAAAGUCUACAACCCACAAAGCAAGAACAACUAUUACCAUCUGAUUGACACCUUUGGCACUCAUUACAUCACUCAGGUGAAAAUGGGUGGUAAGGUUAAUGCCGUCACCAGCAUCCGUGAGUGUGAGGCCCACCUGGAUGGAAUUGAAGUGAACGAGAUGGAGACAUGCCUCACAGUGGAAGCGUCCGCAACUGUGAAAGCUACUACAAUUUCAGCCGAGAAUCAGCACUGCAAAGCAAAAAAGGACAAGACAAGGAGGAAAAUUACAUUCUCCAGCUACUUUAAUGACAGGUUUACAGAAGUAAAGGGUGGUCAGAAAACAGAACCAGAUCUCAUCUUCUCCGCCAACUCAGAUCCAUCAGCCUACAUGGAAUGGCUGAACUCUGUGCCACAGAAUCCCGACAUCAUUUCUUAUUCCCUGGAUUCUCUUCAUGAGUUAAUCCCUAAGAGUGACCCUAUGAGGGAAAACCUGCGCUCUGCCAUCAGUCAUUACAUCCUGGAGAAAGGCCUGUUGAAGAAUUGCACUGAUCCCUGUAAGGCAGGAAUCAAGAGAAGUUCAAGAGAACCCUGCGUCUGCCAGUGCCACAAUGACCCUGCUGUGACCUCUGACUGCUGCCCAAAUCAGAAGGGCAAUGCCCGCGUUAAAAUUACAAUCUUGCGAGCUUUUAACCUUUAUGGAGACUACAGGACUGCCACAGAUGCCAAUGUGAUAGUGAAACUUCUUGGUAAAUUGGUCGGUCGUACUUCGGUCAUUUCCAACGAUGACAACCCAAAGUGGAACAUGGUUCUUGACAUGGGAGACCAGGUUCUGUCAGAAGUAUCUAAACUGAAGUUUGAAGUUUGGGAUGAGGACAACACGUGGGAUGAUGACCUGCUUGGAGAAUGUGAGCGAGUACUGACAGCUGGGAUUAACAAUGGCGAGUGUUUUUUUGAAUAUG